UUUGCUGUGUGUCUUGUGUGUGUAGGUGCUCAGUGCAGCCCGGCUUCCUCCACUGCUUGUUCUUGUGUCUCCUUCAUUCCGACUGUGCCCGUGCCCCCGUCCAUGGAUGUCGUUGGUGCGAAAUUUUAGGUAGAGGCUCGACGUGGGCGUUUUGUGUAACUACAUGCACACCUAUAUUCAUGGCUAUCUCGGAGACAGCAGCAGGUGCUGAUGACCGCCCAACAACAACCGCUGGUGUCCGCCCGGAAAGGACAAAGAAGCGCAAACGCUUCCCUCACGGCAACUACACAGGCUACUACAAUACCCGCUACGGGAUUGAUGGCUCUGGCGCUUCUGCCGCCGGUGGCUCCUCAGCCACCGCUGCCGCUCCCCCUCCCGCGGGCGCCCGCGACCCUCGGGUGGGGCUGAUGCGAAGGUCCUGGUUCGAGGGAAAAAAGUGUUUGGACGUCGGCUGCAACGAAGGACACCUCACGCUGGCCCUUGUGAGAACGUUCCGCCCCCGACGGAUGGUGGGUCUGGACAUCGACAGCUACCUGGUGCGACGAGCUCGGAAGGAGCUCUCGAUGGAGAUCAACGCAGCUGCCCAUGCCGGCAAGAGCACAGAGUUCAGGCCGUUGAUGCCGCGUUCUCUGCGCGGUGGCGAAGAUGACGUCGGUGACGAGGAGCAAGCCACUCCUGCCACCGCGUCCAUCCCCGUAGCGCGUCCCGAUGAAGAAGCACAUGGGGCGGAUAGCAGCACCCCGAAGCUAAAGGCAAACGCUGGUGGCGAAGGUGAUGCUAGUGGCGUUAGCGGUGGUGCAAGGUCCACUGAACCAGAAGUGCAUGUGCCCGGCCGGAAAAACGAGUGUCGUGACUCGCGGAAGGGGUCUGUGGGAGCGGCAAGCGAGAGUGUGGCGCUGCCAGAAUCACGCGGGGGUGGCACGACGGGCGGCGCGGCUGCGGGCUCCACUUCCGUUGGUACAGAGAUUGAUCCCGUUCGGAAGGACAGGGACACAAGGAAACCAGUAGCUACUGUUGGAGGUAGCCUAUCAGACACACACGAAGGGGGUAACGAUGCUACUGCCGACGACACUACCAGCGGAUCUACCGUUGCUGAGGCCGCCACCGUCGUCGCUGUCGCCGCUGCCGGCGUGGUCGCCGAUGCCGCCGCCGACCCCGACGCAAGAGUGUUGUCCGGGUGCACAGUUUCGUUUCGCUGCGAGGACUUCGUCGCCGAAGCCCACGGUGACCACGGCUACGACGUCGUGUGUCUGUUCAGCGUGGUAAAGUGGAUGCACAUCAACGGCGGGGACGAGGCGUUGCGGGGUGUGUUUCGAAAGACGUACAGUCUGCUACGGCCUGGUGGUAGGCUCAUCUUGGAACCUCAGCCAUGGAAAACGUACAGGAAGAGUGCCCGCCAGCAUGGAUUGCCAGAGGCCGCAGUUAUAGUCGGGACCAUAAAGCUUCGUCCUCAGGACUUCCCUGCCUACCUCACGGGAGAGGUGGGGUUCCGCUCCUGGGAGGAGGUCGGGCUGCCGGCGGAAGGCGUAGGAGGAUUCGCAAAAAGGAGCGUACAUGUGUUCGUGAAGUAA